AUGCUAUCUGUAACGUUUGUUCUCCAAGCAAUUGCUCGUCCAGUUACAAUCGAUCCUGUUACUAUUGAUCACACAGGAAAAAAUGCUGAAGAAUAUCCGCAAAAAAAGAAAAAAAGGAAAGAAACUGAUAUAAGUAAUAAAAAAACUCAAGAAUUUUCUGAAGAGUUGGAAAAUACCAUGUUUCAUCUUCAUCAGAUCAUAACUGCAACUGCUGAGCCUAUUCAACAAUGUUUGCCAUCAUUUAUUCUUUUAUAUAAGAUUUGGUUAAAUAUGCAAGAUGAAAUAACAUAUUUAAAUAUAUUAUCCACACUUGCAAAUAAUAUAUUCAGAUGUGUAGAGAAUUCUCACAAAUUAGUGAAUGAUGAAAAAUUAGAAUAUCUAAUUGAAAAUUUUGAAAAAGUGCACGAAGUAAAAACAUUUCCACAAACUGAAGAUAUAUCUGAUUCAAUUUCUGCAUCUAAAAAUACUGUCAUUUAUUUUCCUGUAUCUAUUAGCAACUUUUCAAAAAUGCAGUUACAGUUUGGUGUAAGUAAAAUUGAUAUUGGUGUUGGCAUUGGCAUUUUAAAUAUGAAUAAGUAAUAAUUAAUAAAGAAUUAAAAUAUCUUUUCUUUAAAAAUUACACUUAAAAUUUCUUAUUCAGUUUAUUUCUAAACUUAAAUUAAUAUACAAAAUUGCAAAAAAUUUGAUUAUUUUUAUUUGAAUUUGAUAAUUUAUACAAUUUUGCUUUAUACUAUAUGGAGUGUCCAUGAAUUAUAUAACUCAGAUAUGGGUAGGUGAGUAUGCAGGUAAUUGUCACAAUGUGUUAUAAGGAGGUUAGAGUGUUUACAAAAACAUUAUGUAAUGGAAAGGUCUCAAUCAGCAAGUAACAAUGAUUCAUCUUCAUUUUUGAAGUAUUGUAUAGUAAACUGUAUUGUUUAUGCAUUGUUUAAACAAAGUAUAUUACAUUAAUUAAUAAAAUGAUGUAACAUUUGGUACCUUGUGCCAUUUUUAUUCCUUAUCACAAAGGGAUCAAUCAAGGAUAUGCAUCAUAUAAUUUAGAUGGUUGGGUAUGUCUGAUGGCAUUAUGGAGCUUUAUAGGGGGUGGGAUGGUAGUUGAAAAGUAUAAAAAUAGCAUUAUGUAAUUUAUGGACAAUCCCUAUGUAUAAUAGUGGAAGAAAAAGUAUGAAAAUUACUAUUUUCUUUUUAUUGGAUGUCUUGUUUCUUUAUUGUUAUAAGAAUUAAUUAUUAUAUAUAGUGAUUUCUAUGCUUCUUUCAUUACCUAUCACCAGGAAAAGUUUUAGUUUGUAGUAAAUUAUAUAUAUCAGUGUAUGUGUGUAAUAUAACAUGCAAUUAGUACACUAUACAUAUUCAGGGCUGGUUUUGGUCUGUUAGCCAUCUGCAUGCUACAUAUGUUUGGCUGCACCUAUCAAGUCUCAUUGCAAGUAAAUUCAUAACAUAACCUAACCCAACCAUUCAGA